AUGGCAACGCCAGAAACGAAGACAGGAGUCAAAGUCAUUGUUGUUGGCGCCGGCUUCGGGGGACUGACAACUGCAAUUGAGUGCCAUCGACAAGGUCACGACGUUAAGGUUUAUGAAUCAUUCCCUGAGCUAAAACAAUUGGGGGACAUCAUAUCUUUUGGUGCGAAUGCUGGCCGCAUCUUUCACCGAUGGUCCAAUGGAGCCGUCGUCUCCAAGUUGAAACCGCUUUGCAUCGAUCUACAUGAAUACGGCUUCCGAAUUCACAAGUGGGACACUGGUGAAGUUGUUCUCACUCAGAAAAGACCGCCUGCAGAUCCCGAAGCACCUGUCCUCAAUGGCCACAGAGGAGAACUGCACGAGGUCAUCUACAAUUAUGCGAAGGAUGAACUAGCGAUUCCAAUACAUCUUGGCCAACCGGUCACUGACUAUUUUGAGGACCAAGAUGCUGCAGGUAUCCAGCUUCAAGACGGAAGCAAGGUUUCAGCUGACGUCGUCAUUGCUGCGGAUGGGGUCCGAUCCAAAGCGAGGGAACUAGUUCUUGGCCACAAAGAUAAGCCACAAAGCAGCGGAUAUGCGAUAUGGAGGGCAUGGUUCUCCGCCGACGCCUUACUGGCAGAUCCUCGCACCAGACAAUUCUACGAAUACGACAUCGAUGAAUCAUGGUCCUUUCCCGGUAAGAUCGAGGAUGUUUGCCGCGCACUCGAGGGUUGGGACCCCAUGUGCCGAGUAAUCGUCGAGAAAACUCCAUCACUAGUGGAUUGGAAGCUCAUGUAUCGCGAUGCACUUCCUAAUUGGGUCAGCGGAGGCGGACGAAUUGCCUUACUAGGAGACGCCGUUCAUCCAUUCUUGCCAACAAGUACCCAAGGCGCGACUCAAGCCAUGGAAGACGGCGUUACUAUAGCAGUAUGCCUGAAACGUGCGGGCAAGAAAGACAUUCGUACAGCGCUCAAUUCUUACCAAGGAAUCCGAUACGAUCGUGUGAGGGCGGUGCAGAAGACUGGAGUCUCCACUCGUGAGAUGUGGCACAAGACAGACUGGGAAAAAGUGAAGGAGGAUCCAACAACAAUUGCUUUGCCAAGAGAAGACUGGAUACUCGAGUUUGAUGCGGAAAAGCAUGCGGAAGAGACGUACGAGCGUGUCGCUACCCCUUCCCUUUAA